UUGAUUUAAUAUUCCGUGGUUGAAAACUUUUAAAUCAACGGGACGAAUCAUUCUUCUCAUAUUUUCAUACUAGAAAAGUAGUUAUGUCUAAAAUUGAAAUGGGUGUAAUUAAUUAACUGCCAUAACAACUUCGUCUUCGAUAUAAGUGGAUACAGGAAGAUCGAACAGAAUGUUGCCGGUGCAAUCUAACCUAUCUGUAACGUUCACGUAUAAAGAUCUCCUGUUUAGGAAAUUAUACCAUGCCAUCCUAUGUAGUGUUUUCUCGCAAAUACUUAUCUUGCAUGUUUGCUUGAUAAUUGUCAAUGGAGAUCCUUUCAAUCCAUUAUCAUGGAUCAGGACUUCAUUUGAUACUGUAACAUCGUUCACCGCUUGGCUCUAUGUAAUACCACAUAUGGCUAUUAUUUUUGCUCAGUGCCUAAUAUGUGCCAAAGACUAUGUGUUACGUCCUUCAUUCAGUUUCAAUCGAUUCUACAAGUUUGUUUCAGUCUUCUCACUUCAUAAUUUUGUGUUGGUCUUGUUACAUAGUCUUGUUGGAAUCGUGCAAGUAUGGUUAGUGUUGUCAUUAGUUGGGGGAGAAUUUAAAAAAGUUACGAGAUUGAAUGAUAAGAAAGUGACUUGUUUAGUGGAGGAAACACUGUUUCUGGAACUUGGUGGACUAUGGAUAGGAUUGUACUACUUUAUUAAAGUUUACAUUUCUGAUAAACAUCUGAGCUUUCCAAUCAUUCAACAACAAAAAUUGACUCACUUCAAAUCAAGUUUACUUCCUCUCUUGAAAACUUAUUUCUAACUGAACCAGUAGAAUUUCCUUUGGUAAAGCUGAAUGACAGUAUUCUCACUUUACAAGAAUCUAUUAAACUUGAAAAACUUCCCAUUGUUCAAAACUUAGCUUGC